GUUUUUUUAUGGGUGAAAUUUCAGCGAUCUCCCUAUCGAUAAUGGGAGACCUAGAGAUGUAUCAUGACGAAGAGUUUGCAAUAGUUUUUCUGAAUUUCAUAUUAAAGCAUGAAAAUCUAUUAAUUAGUUUUAGAAAUUAAUAUAAGAUAUAUGUUGCUGAGAAAGAAUUAAAGUAGAUGUAUGGUUAGCAUUAUUCGUAAUAUUCUCUUUUUUUUUUUGCACUUUCUUAGAGAUUCAUUGAUUUAAACUUUUGUAUUGGAUAUUUUACAUAGACUCCGAGACUGAUCAACUGAACUAGUUAACUUACUUUCUACAAAAAAAAUGAAACUUAAAAUUUGAAAAUGUGUUGUUCUCGGGUGUUUUUUUAUCAUAUUUUCUCAAGAAAUAAAGAGAACCACCAAUUUGAACAAAAUAAAAAGAAAGAACCAGAACCAUUAAAGUUGCAAGGCUACUUCUUUAUCAAAAACUAAAGUUGCAAGGCUACUAACUAAAAGAGCAAAUUAAACUAUAUAGUUCAUGAAAUUCAUGUGACUAUUAUUAGACAAUUUAGAUUAAUUUAUUUCACUUUAAUAAUAAAAACCUAAAAAAUUCAUUUUCAAAACAAAACAAAAAGUAUAAUAUUAAUCAUAUUGCAGCAUGACUCAUUUUAGUGGCGUCUAAGAAGCAUGCAUUUUGAGCCAUUAGAUACCAAGGUAGACUUUCCCAUUAGCACAAAAGAAGAAAGUUGGUACAUUAAUGUAAUCAUACCAACUCCACGAGUCUUUGGUUUCAAUUUUGUACAAAUACUUAAGUUUUAGCACACGAGAAACAAGUACGUAUGAUUUGGCAGAUUUUCAUACGAUUUAAUAGAAUUCUUAAUACUAUUAGAUAAAAUUAUAUCGAAUGUAUAAAUAUUUCUGAAAGUUCUGUGCAUGUUUCUUAAAAGAAAAAAAAUCGGUGCAAGUCAUUCUGAUCUUUGGUUUAGAAGCGUCAGUUUGUGUGAAGUGCAUGCACAUGAUUCUCAAAUUAGAACCAAAAGAAAAAUAUUAUAAUGAAAUUACACAAAUUAGUAUUCUUAUACAGAAUGCAAAAUAAUAUACAAAUGCAUACACUCUCUAGGCUUUACUCUUUAACAAACUCGACCACCAAUUUAUGAUAAAAAAAUAACACACAUAAUAUAUUAUUGCAUUUUUUUCAAAGGCGACAAAACAAUUCUAGUACUGCCUAAAUUUUUUUUGGGUGAUGUACUAUGGAACACCAAAAUUAUCCUACAAGUAGAGCUCGAAAUUUAGCAAACGAAACAAAAGGAUGGGAGAAAAAUAAAAGAAAAAAAAAACAUGCCCGAGAAUAAUGUAAAUCGACAAUAAUGAAAAUUGAAAACGCAUUUGUAACUCCUCAACCAAUUAUUUUUAGUUAUUAACUUAUUAUCUAUAGCUCAUAAAAAAACCAAAAUAUGUCAUUUCCAUGAAAAUAAUUACUACCCGUUUCAUUUUAGUUUUCGUUUUAGAUUUAUUCACAAAGAUCAAGAAAAACAUUUAAUGUUGUAUAUUUUGAAAUAAAAACAUCAUUAGCUAUACACUUAACCAUAUUUAAAAAAAUUGAAAAAUAAAAUACACAAUAUUAUUAAUAAAUUUUACAUUGAAAUUUGAAAAUAAAAUUUAUUUUGAAACGAAAAUUUUAAUUUACAACGACAAUUAAAAGAAAAUACUAUCAAGCAACGCUUUUUUUUUUCUUCGCAUAUUUAUUCUCCCCAUUUUAAAGAAACAUAAUAAUAGCUCAUGAUGGUGUGUAAUAUUGAUGCGCGUGAUGCCAUUGAGUCACUGACAAAAUAACCAAUGACUUUUCACGUAAAAAGUUCACACCCACAGUUCCAAAGUAAGAGGAAGUGGUAAUAUUUGGCUUUGAGAUCUCCCCAAUCAAACAACACUCAGAGUCACACAUGUGCCACUAUUUUCUUCAAUUUUUUUAUUUUAUGUAUAAAAAACUCGAGCCCAAAUAUAAAAUUGCGAAGUUUCCCGGUAUAAAUAAAGGUAUCAAGACUCCACAGAUGAACACAUUUGAUAACACAAAAGAAACCAAAAGCUCAAAAACAAAACAGCCCUUUUCUCUUUGCUUGUAACUGACCAAACAAUCAAUAUCCCCAUAACCCCCACCCCAACUUGCAAAAAUCUUUCGUCCAUCCUCAAGAUAUGUCUCUUCCUGAAACUAAAUCUCAAACCCUUUUAGAUGCUUGGGACUUCCAAGGCCGCCCUGCCGAUCGCUCUAAAACCGGUGGAUGGGCCAGCGCCGCGAUGAUUCUCUGUAUUGAGGCGGUGGAGAGGCUGACGACGUUAGGUAUCGGCGUUAAUCUGGUGACGUAUUUGACAGGGACUAUGCAUCUAGGCAAUGCAACGGCAGCUAACACCGUCACCAACUUCCUCGGAACUUCGUUCAUGCUCUGUCUCCUAGGUGGCUUCAUAGCUGACACCUUUCUCGGAAGGUAUUUAACGAUUGCCAUAUUCGCAGCAAUCCAAGCCACGGGUGUUUCUAUCUUAACCCUCUCAACUAUCAUACCGGGACUUAGACCACCAAGAUGCAACCCAACAACGUCGUCUCAUUGCGUACAAGCGAGUGGAAUACAGCUGACGGUUCUAUACUUAGCGUUAUACCUCACGGCCCUAGGAACCGGAGGCGUGAAGGCAAGCGUAUCUGGCUUCGGUUCAGACCAGUUCGAUGAGACUGAACCAAAAGAACAGUCACAAAUGACAUAUUUCUUCAAUCGCUUCUUCUUUUGUAUCAACGUUGGCUCUCUUUGUGCCGUGACGGUCCUUGUCUACAUACAAGACGAUGUUGGACGCAAAUGGGGUUAUGGUAUAUGCGCGUUGUCUAUUGUGCUUGCACUAAGCGUAUUCUUGGCCGGUACAAACCGCUACCGUUUUAAGAAGUUGAUCGGUAGCCCCAUGACACAAGUUGCAACGGUUAUUGUGGCGGCGUGGAGGAAUAGAAGGUUAGAGUUGCCGUCGGAUCCGUCGUUUCUAUACGACUUGGACGAUGUUAUUGCGGCGGAAGGCGCGAUGAAGAGUAAACAAAAGCUGCCGCAUACCAAACAAUUCCGUUCGUUAGACAAGGCAGCAAUAAAGAACCAAGAAACGGCAAUGACCCAAAACGUAUUCAACAAAUGGACACUUUCAACACUAACCGAUGUUGAGGAAGUGAAACAAAUCGUACGGAUGUUGCCAAUUUGGGCAACAUGCAUCCUCUUUUGGACCGUACAUGCUCAAUUAACGACAUUAUCAGUCGCACAAUCCGAGACGAUGGACCGUCACAUUGGCAGCUUUGAGAUCCCUCCAGCUUCGAUGGCCGUCUUCUAUGUCGGUGGCCUCCUCUUAACCACCGCGGUUUACGACCGUGUCGCCAUUCCCCUAUGCAAAAAGCUAUUCAACUACCCCCAUGGUCUAAGACCACUUCAACGCAUUGGUUUGGGUCUCAUACUCGCAGCCGUGGGUAUGGCUGUAGCUGCUUUGGUAGAGAUCAAACGUCUUAGAACCGCACAUUCCCAUGGUCCAACAGUCAAAACACUUCCUCUAGGGUUUUAUCUACUCAUCCCACAAUACCUUAUCGUUGGUAUUGGAGAGGCGUUGAUCUACACAGGACAACUAGAUUUCUUCUUGAGAGAGUGUCCUAAAGGUAUGAAAACAAUGAGCACGGGUCUAUUACUGAGCACAUUAGCGUUAGGGUUCUUCUUCAGCUCGGUUCUCGUGACUAUCGUCGAGAAAUUCACCGAUAAAGCUCAUCCGUGGAUCGCUGAUGAUCUCAACAAGGGUCGUCUGUACAAUUUCUACUGGCUUGUGGCCGUAGUUGUUUUCUUGAACUUCCUUAUUUUUCUCGUUUUCUCCAAGUGGUACGUUUACAAGGACAAGAGACUAGCGGAGCUCGGGAUUGAGUUGGAAGAUGAGACGGAUAUUCCCAUGGGUCAUGCAUGAUCAAUGAUCCGACGAUGAUGAAUAUUGUGAACACAUAUAUGCAUUUGAUUUUGAUUUAUGAAAUUUGUAAUAUGUUUUAUAAUGAUUUUUCUCAGUUACCUCUUGUUUCCGAGUCGACAAAUAAGGGACCGACCGAUAAGGGAUAAAAGUUAAAAUUCUACAUUGUAAAAUUUCUAAGAUUUAACGCAAUUAACGUCUUUUGUUA